GACUAAGUGGCUGCUAUAGUCACAUGACCUAUCGGAGGUAAAACGGGUAGAGAAGUCAGCCGUCCUGCUGCUCAUAGUAUUGUAGUUUUAGAUGCUGACGUGAUGUUUUUGUGCGGUUUGUUGUGGGUUUUCGCCGUUUUGUGCAGCCCUACUUGGGCAUAUUACGAUCCCGAUGAAAUAACCAGUCUACCUGGAAUGUCUUUUAAACCGAACUACAGACAGUGGUCGGGGUACCUAAAAGCGAGUCCAGGGAAGUAUCUUCAUUACUGGUUUGUAACGUCUCAGAAUAACCCACAGAAAGACCCUUUGGUUCUGUGGCUCAAUGGCGGGCCAGGCUGCAGCUCCCUGGAUGGCUUUCUCUCGGAGAAUGGACCGUUUCAUGUAAAUGAUGAUGGGGCCACUCUUUAUGAGAAUGAGUUUAGCUGGAAUAAAAUCGCCAACGUGCUGUACCUGGAGUCACCAGCAGGGGUGGGCUAUUCGUAUUCAGAUGACCAGCAGUAUGAGACCGAUGACGACCAGGUGGCUGACAACAACUACCUCGCACUUCAAAGUUUCUUCAGCAAAUUUCCCAGUUUUAUCCAGAAUGAGUUCUUCAUUUUCGGGGAGAGCUACGGUGGAAUCUAUGCACCCACACUGAGUCUUAGGGUGGCAACCGGGGGAUCGCUCAAAACAAACUUCAAGGGUUUUGCUGUCGGAAAUGGCAUCACUAGCUUUGACAUCAACGAUCAGUCUCUCAUCUACUUUGGAAACUUCCAUGGCCUAUUUGGAAACGCAUUGUGGGAAGAUCUAAACAGCAACUGCUGUAAGAACAACGUCUGCAACUUCUACAACAACAGCAGUCCAGCGUGCUCCAUAGCGGUGUCCCAGGCCUUCCACAUCGUGUACAGCUUAGGCCUGAAUGUCUACGCUCUGUAUCUGGACUGUGCCGGAGGGGUUGGCCCAUUCCAGCACGCCAUGCGGUACCACUUCAGGGCCUACAGGAAGCACUGGGAGACUAACCAGCUGGUCGCCGUGGGUGCCUCAGUGGGGGGUGGGAUCGGAGAGGUGCCCCCCUGCAUCAACAGCACAGCUCAAAUUAACUGGCUGAACCGCGGUGAUGUGCGGAAGGCACUGCAUAUCCCAGACAUCCUGCCUGCCUGGGACAUCUGCAGCGAUGAGGUGGGAGGCCACUACCACACUAAGUACGAGACCAUGCGGGACAUCUACCUGAAGCUUCUGAGCCUGGGACUAAGGGUGCUGGUGUACAACGGGGAUACAGAUAUGGCCUGCAACUUCCUGGGCUGCCAGUGGUUUGUGGAGGCACUCAACCAGAAGGAAACCACACCCUACCAGCACUGGCUGUUUGACAACCAAGUCGCUGGGUUUUACCAGCAGUUUGGCAACAUUACUUUCCUGACUGUCAAGGGGGCAGGGCACAUGGUCCCACAAUGGGCUCCGGGACCCGCCUACCACAUGUUCCAGUCAUUCCUGUCUAAUGGCUCCUAUUGAGCAGAUGUUUCCCAUAUUCUCCUGCACCAUUAUACCUGUAAAGGGUACCCCUGUGAAAAUAUUAAUCUGUGAUUCUCCCUGAUUGAUGCCUUGGAUCUAUGCAAUGAGGUUUCUUGUUAAAGGUCAUCCUUAGAUCCUUAUCUUGAUUACAUCCUUGCCAGUAUUUAAUCACUUUUUGCAAUUAUGAAAGGGGGUCAAUCAAUGAAUAAGUGGGAUUAUUUUUCCAAAUCGCUGAAGCCAAAAAUCAAGUUCUUUUACUGUUUUAUGACAUUACAGGGAUUU